CACAUGGCAAGUACAUGCAGAGUACGGCUCUGGCCUAUGCAAUGGACGUUGGUAUUUAAUUUACCAAAACUUUACGAUAGAGAAUUUCCGAAUUUACAUUACCAUUUAAAAUAUGCAGAAUAUGAAACGCUUAGAUAUUUAAUUUCGAUUCGCCGUGAAAAUUUAAGAAAGUUUCUGGAAUUGGCAGGUGUUCAAUAUCAGGGGACUCGUUUGGUUACAGGUGGUGGAAUGUAUCACAACCAGAUGGGAGCCAGCGAGACCAAGAUGUAUUCUUUCGGAGGUCUGCCCCAUGAGUAGAGGCUCAUCACACCGAUUCCUCGUCCUGUGCCGGUGCUAUCGAUGGACAUGGAUAAUGCAAGAGCAAGAACGCCAAAUAAUGUUUCAUUCAAUUAAAGGACGUUCAUUGAGACUGCAGUUCAUCAGAAUAGACAGAUUUUGUCAGUUAGCUCUUCUUCUACUAGUGCUUUCCUAGUACAUGCUCAAUAACUAUUUCAUAAUGUUUUCGUUAUCAACUAGCAGUCAAACAAAGACAUUUCAGUUUGAUCCAAGCAGAGGAAUUGAUUUUGAGAAUGACAUAAAAAUUCUUCGGAGGUCAAGGCUGACCAAACUCUCUGAGUUUAUGACAAUGUUACUGUCAGCCGAGCGCUUCCAGCGAGAUGCCAAAUUAUCAUCAUUAACGAGGAAAGACAAGAAUCAACUCGCUCAGCAAGCUGAAGAUGCUCAGUUCUUUAGAAUCUUGCUGCGGAUGUUGAUGGAAGUUAGCAGGGCUAGUGGCUUAAAGCAAAGAGAUGACUUGAAGAAAGUCUACCAUUGGUAUCAACUCAAUAAGGAAGUCUUGCAUUGUGAACCGCACUUCAAAGGAGCAGGCAAGCAGCUAUACAAGCGUCCAGAGCUGAAAUUCUCAGCAGAUGCAAUCAAGUUUUACUCUGACCCUCCAGGAAGGAGGAAGAACAAUCAAGUGACCUUCCAGAUGACCUCCCAGCAGAGCAGUCCGAGGGUUCAAGGGUCAGAUGAAUUUGACGAUUUACGGAUAGACACCAGCAGACCAAAGACAGCACCAUCGAGCUUGAACAGACCAAAGAUUCAUAACUCACUCCGAAGUCCAAGAUCAGGUGAUGAUGAUGCUAGCUUUGCAGUCAACUACAUCAAUUCCUACCUCAACAAUCACUUAACUCCCAUGGCAACCAAGCUAGAUAGACCAACAUCGGCCAUGAGUGUCAUCCGCCACGCCCAGAUAGCAUCUCAGCAGAGGAAUGAGGACGAGGAGGGAGAGGUUCUUGUCGGUGACCGAUCUGCUCAUUCUCAAGCUGCAAGCCUCGCCAGUGAUUCAAACAUCUCAAUACAAGUACCAGACAGGAAGCAAGAUGGAGAAGAGAAGAAGGAUGAGAAUGAAGAUGAUGGGAGUGUGAAGAUGGAGGAUGAUGGAGAGGAUGCAGUGGAUGGAGAGAAGGAAGAAGAAGGUCCUGGUCUCUUUAAAAGGAAACCCCCAUUGACAAGCCUGGUAAAUCCUGUAGCUCAAGCCACGUUUGAAGAGGAAUCAUUCCACGGAGCCUUAGCCCCUGAGAUCAGUGAAGGCACUCUACUUAGGGUUCAAGUGGACAUGCCUAAAGCUACAGCCUCUAAGCAGUCUCCUGGUCCAUCAGAGGCCGAGAAGAAAGCAGCAUACCUACAACAAUGGCAUGAUUAUCAGCAACAGCAAGGGAUGACUGCCGGGGAUGGGACGCCCUCUGUUGAUAACGGAGAGAGAGUUGUCACUACCGAGGUACCUGAGAGAUUUACUCAAGAGGUCUUGGCAAACUAUGCAGCACAGGAAUCAUUUGUCACAGAUAAUGCUCCACGCAUCCCUGCCAAUAGUCUUGCAUCCCAGUCACUUGAGAAUUUCUACAAGAUGACAGAUAACCAUGAACCCAAGGUUGACCAGAAUCCUAUCUCAGCACAGUCUGCGCUAAGACUACAGAAAGCUCAAGAGGCCAAGAAAGUCACUAUAUCAGAAGAAACUUCUCACAAUACAAGGCAAAGAGCUCUAAGUGCAAGAAUAGAAAGACCAUCUUCUGUACAAGCAGGUUCUCUUGUUAUGUUAGCAGAUCAUGUUGGCGAUAAUAUGAUGGUGGAAAAAGAACCGAAUGGGCCUGAGGCACCUGCUGGUUUCCGCAGACCUUCAUCCAAGGUUCCACCAAAGAGACCUGCUACUGCACCCAGCUCCAAACCUGUUAGUGUCUCUGUUCCCAAGAGCUACGGUGGGAUGUCACCUCCUCCAAACAGCUCAGGAGAUUCCACCCCAGAGUACACACCCAGAAACAGGAGGGGUGAACCUAUAUUCACUUUACCUGAGGAAUCAGACUACAAUGUACACUUCAGAAGACAGGGUCAAACACCAGUCUCAGCCACUAUCCCUCAUUCUAUAUCUAGACUUCAAGGAUCCACAGUCCCAGACACAGCUAGAUACAAGUGGCGUGAUGAUGGGUAUGGUAACAUGACCUAUCGGAAAAUACACAGUCGAAUCCAGAGCGCUCCUGCUCAGAGGACUUCCUUGAGGACAGCAGGCUCAACCAGGGGUGGGAACAGACCUAGAACUGCUUCAGAGGCUUCUGCUAAGAAAAAAUGGCAUCCAUGCAAGGUGUGUGAGGACAGUAUUCGUCUACCACAGGCAGCAAGCCAUCGUAUGAGAACAAUGCAUCCUGCUACUGUGGCAAGUAUGAUGUCUAUUAAAACACUGGAAGGUGAUAACAGAAGAAUGAGAUCAAGGAUGGGACAUCGUCACACAGGAACUUAUCCUUGGGAAGAGGAACCAGUGGUAACAGCAAAUGAACCACCUAAUAUGCAGUACAUGUCGAUCAGCACACCUGCAGCCAUUAAAGUGAGAAAUGCUACUGAUGGGAGCAAGGCACCCAACCAGAGCACAGAGAGCCUGGUACCUAAAGACUCCCUACGUAGUCCAUCCAGAGACUCGUCUCGCCCUAGUCCAGUCCAGGGCUGGUUCAUGGGCGAUAGCUCUGCAGGAGAGACAACCACAGUGGCUGAUGGACCACCUUCUAACCAGGGAGGGGACAACAAUUCCUCUACCGUCAUGGCACCGAGUGAAAGAAGCUUUGGAGAGAUGUCAGACGGCGACCUUGCUGACCUGACCGAUCAGACCCUCAGCCCUGCUGACACACCCAGGACAAUAGAUAGUGGGGAAUACAGACCUAAGAGCAGGGUGGAUCUGAGUGUAGGGAAUAGCAGUGGAGUGUUUGGACAAGAGAUACAUGUACCACAGGCUGAUGUUGACUCUGGAUCACCUGAUCUCGCAACAAAAGAGGCUGAAGAUUCAGUGGAAGGCACACCUAGAUCGGACAUUGGCAAUGGUUCUGUUGGAGACACACCUCGCUCAGACAGUAAAACCGGUCAGGCUGAAAAUGUAGAGGUGACCAGCUCAGAUACUACGCCAAGAGAGACUGUUAUCAAGGGGGAACCCGAUCAAACUGGUUUUGAGCGGAUACAACCGGAGGAGGCUGGUCCUAAGAGUGCUGAAGCAGAGGCCGUUCCGACCGGAUCUGAAGAGAAUGGGGCGAAGCAGGAAGAAUCCGACACUGAACAAGAUACUCUUCCAUCAGUUCCACAUAGUUUCAAAGCCCAAGCUGUAGAACCUAGACCUCCCUCCUCCUCUUCCUCUUCCUCUACCAUUCAUGCUAUGCCAGACCAUGCCCAUUCCUUUGUCCCUGUGGAAAAGCAUGACAAAACAUCCCACCACCAGCAUCACCAAAGACAGCAUCCUCAUCCCCAUGGCAACCAUCAAGAGCAUCCUCAAGAUGGCCACCAAGGAGCAAAAGUAGUAUCCCUUGAUUUAGAUGUUAACCUGUAUGAGAGAAGUCCUAGUCCAGCUUCUACAAACACACCUCACCAUGCACCCACUGCAUAUAUGAAGCUUUCUGAAGCUGAGAAGAAGAAACUGAAAGGCCAACAUCCCACCGCUGCCACCAAUAUUCCAGAAUACCUGCUGAUGAUGCCUGCUGUAAGUAGUAAACCCUUGACACCACACAGUAGCAGACCAACCACACCCAGAUCAGUCACAUCUAGAACAGCCACACCCAGGUCACCAAGGGUUUCUCCUGCAACCAGCCCCUGUCCGAGGAACUCAAGGAGCCCUUCUCCGUCCUUCAGGUCACGAUCGCCAUCCAUGAGGUCACGAUCUCCAUCCAUUAGGUCCCAUUCACCAUCUAUUCGGACUCCAUCUCCUGUAUCUGUAAAUGGACGCCUCUCACCAAAUGUGAAGACAUCAUCACAAGGACAUGAUUCUGUGCACAGCUCUAGAAGCCCUAGUCCUACACUCUCCACAGCAUCACAGUCACUGAGACCAAAGUCUGCAGGGUCAAGGGUCACCUCAGCUCGACAACGAGAACCACCCGCAUCAGACACCGUGAUGACAGAGGAGACGAGAGAAGGGUCAGAUCAGGGCGGGACAGUAGGGGCUGGAGAUAGGAGUAACUUACCGGUGGGCCUGGUAUCAGGGGAUGGAGAGAGGAGUAGCUCACCGAUGGGCCUGGUAUCAGAGAGUAGGAUCAGUAUCACGGCUGAAGAUGAAGAGGUAUCAGCCAUUACUGAUACAUACGAUGACCUGGGUAUCAUCGAUGAUGAUGGUGUCAGUCUAUCUCCCUGCACACCUGAUAACUUCAGCCAGCAGGAUGGCUUCUCAUCUGGAGCAACGUCACCUUCUAUCACCAUCACCAUGGCAACAUCUGACCAGCCAUCUACCGUACCGCAGAUCUUGGUUAAAAGACCCAGCUCAGCUCCCGGGAUCAGGAGCGAUGAAGGGCAUUCAUCAUUAAGACUGUCAGCUGAAGAAUGUAAUGGUGGCGGUGGUAGUAGACCGUCGUCUGCUAGAGGUCGGAGACCAGUCUCAGCAAGGAGAGCAGCUUCACCUCAACCCAGGAGGCCCACAUCACCAAGGCCUACAUCUCCUAGGUUUACUAGACCUGUGUCUCCUAGAAGUAAGCAGAGAGGAUCACAGUGGGAAGGUAGACCUGUCCCUGCAUUUGGACAUUCAAACCCUGAGGCUGAAUAUGAGUCAUACCAGAAGCAACAAGAAGCUAAGAACUCGGUUCAGAUCCAGAAGCUUUUCAAUAAAUCCUCAACCAAGGAAGCUAAGAAAAGACUUAGUCAAGCUGAGAGGGCAAGGCAGGAGAAGAUGGGAAGGGAAGCAUUUGAAUCAGAAAGAGCAUACCUUGAGCAUUUAUGGAGGAGAGAGGUGGCCCUGUACAAGCGAGAUGAUAUCACCUUUAAGAACUUUGAGAAAGAGUACAUGUUGGAUAAACUCAACAGAAGUAAACUAAGACAAGAGAAACGUAACAUGCUACUCCAGGAACAAGCAGCUGAAAAUAGACGUCAAAUGGCCCUGCUCAAGAGGAUAGGACCAAGUGUAGAUAUUCAUGAGUUAUUCAAUGCCCAGUCCAGAGGUGUUUCUAAAGCUGUAAUGAAGAGAGCAGCUAUCAGUAUACAAAGGUUUGUCAGAGGAAUGAUUAUCAGAAAAAUGCUUGCCAAGGUGAAGGAAAAGAGUCGCAUCCAUGCUGGAUCUUUCAAGUCUUUCAUCAAGUACUAUUACAAUUUAAUGAAGAAGAUUGCUAGAUGGCAUGGUGUUAAGAAACCUAGGAUACAUCUAGACCUCUGGCAGAUGGAAGAAUUCAUGGAUAAAAAGAAAUAUUAUGAAUACAUCUUUUCAAAACGGAUCCACCCCGAGACUCAGAUGCCUGCCAAGGAUCUCCCAUCUUAUCUCAAGGAAUGUGAUCAUCAUCCUUCUCAAAGAGAGAUUAAUAACGCCAUACUAGGAGCAACCAAAAAGGAUUUCACUAAGCCCAACCUAAUGCUGAAAGAGAGGGAAGUGUCUGAGAUUGUCUUCAUGAUCUACGUCCCGAGAGGAACUGGUCUGGAAGCCAAGAAUGUCCGCAAAUCAACCUGGCUCAAUCCACUAGUUGACGGGGAGGAAGCAAGGAAAAUGAUGGGGACUGAUGAAGUAAAAAAUGUGGAGCUCUCCAAAUCACUGCAGCUGGUCUUCAACUCGAUGCAAGAACGCAAAGAACAGAAGAUGUACGAAGAUAGGAUCAGAAAGAGAGAAGAGGAAAAGAAGAGGCUGGAGAUGGAGGAGCAAGAAAAAGAGGAGGAACAAGAGAAGAAGCUGAUUGAAAGUGAAGGAAAGGGCGAGGAAACAGAUGAGAAAAAGAAAGAGAAUGAAAGUGAGGUGAAGGAGUCUUGUAAUGAGAAGGAAUGAAAGAGCAAAAGAGAAAUUAACAGAGAGAGUGUGACAGACAGAAUCAGAUACCCUUCUCAUAUAUGCUACAUUUUUUAUAUAAAAGCUAUGAAAGUUGCAACUAUUUUAUGUACAUGCUCUUUUCUGUGCCAUGUAUGAAGCAGGGUCUCAUGAAUUGAACAGAAUUUUCCUUCCAUUUCAUGCUUAUUACCAGAUAAGACCAUAGAAAAUUACUGCAAUAAAUAAAACUGUAUCAUUCUGAUCUUAUAAUACAGGGCCAAUUCAGUACCCAAGUCAGAAAAAUUAGUAUUUGACUUUAAAUUUUGCUUUAAUAUUAUAUUUUAUUGUAUAUCUAUUCUGAGCUGUGCAGAAUUCUAAGAACUUGGGUGCAUUUUAGUUAUGCAUAUUUCAGCAAUAACAUUCUGAUAUCACAAUUUUCCUCAAUAAGUAUUUUGGUUUACUUAAGUGAAAUGCUUAGUAUUGAACUGAAUAUGAAAUAAGUAAAUUAAUGGUACCGGGACUUGAAUAUCCAAAUUCUGAAAUGAAUACCAACCCGUCUUCACUUUUAUGCUGAUUAAGAGCUGCCAAAGGUAUAAUAAAAAGAAUUUCAGUGUACCGGAUUCUUUUCUUCAGACAAUAUUUUGUAAAAGCAGGUUUAAUACAAUGUAUAAGUCUCUUCCAAAAUUCACAUUAGGAUACACCUAGGGUGCUAAAACAUGUAAAGGUUUUAGGAUGAAGAUGCUUAAUGGCUCCAAAUUUUAAGUAGUACAGUCUUGACCAAAUCUGAUAUGCUGAAUAAUAUAUUUUUGUAAAAAGAGGCCUUGGAUGUUGCUCUUUCCAAUAGGGUGAGUUUUGUAUUUUUCAAAGAGGUUUAAUAUUCUUAUCUAAAGAAAACAGUAAUGGAUAUGAAAAUUCAGUUUUAAUUUUCAUCCUAUAUAUUUGGUAAUUGUGAUUGAAUACAGCAGUACAAUAUUUGAUGAAUGUGAAAUAAAAUGUAAAUUUGAAUUAUGAUGUAAUUUGUACCAAUGGUCUUUCAUAUAUGUAAAAUGCAUGAAUAUAUACUAAGGAUAAAUUUGUCAUCAUGAACACAUUUUGGGAGUUGGUUUUAUUUUGUAUAUUUAUGUAUCAGGAAUGUUUAUAUGAAAUGAAAUUGACUCAGAUUUGCCCAGAGUGCUUCAGAAGACAUCCAGUCUAUCAAAAUAAAUCCAUCCAGUUUUUUAAUUAUUCAUACAAAUAUAUUUUUUUUUCUUUAUUUGUUCAAAUCCGUCCAUGUUUACAGAAAUUCUGGCAAAUUACUGUAUGUUUACCAGGGCCCCGUUGCAUAAAACUUUUGCCGGAGUUUUUUUACGGCAAAAAAUCAGGAAACUACGGCAAAAAAAAAUUUGCCGGAGUUUUCCAUUGCAUAAAACUUUGCCGGAGUUUUUUACGGCAAAACUUUUAAAAAACUCCGGCAAAUCAAGUGAGUUUUUGCCGUAGCUCCUGUACCAACGGCAAAGUCCUAAAAACUCCGGCAAAGUCCUAAACUCUGGCAAAGUAGUUUCAAGAUGGCUGCUCUACUGUAUGCCAUACAGCAGGCAGCUGUCUUGAGACGGGAGCGAGUCUUUAGAGAUCGAACGCAUCCCUUGGAUAUCUAUGACGACAGUGAAAUGCUGAAGUUAUAUAGAUUCUCCAGACAGGGAUGCGUUCACAGCAUUAACAGACUCGCUCCCUAUAUUGAGCAUCCGACAAGAAGAAAUUUUGCUCUACCUGCAAGGUUGCAAGAAAAAACUAUGGCAAAAAUAAGUCUGGCAAAAGUUUUAUGCAACGGGGCCCAGGUUACAUCUUUAUUAUUAUGCAAACCAUUUUGUGUGUGUAAUGAAGUCUUCUCUUGGAAGGGUGGGAUUAAUAAUAAAGAAUUUCCCAAUUUGUAAAAGAGCAAUUCCAUAAAAUAGUCAACCGUUUUGUAUACCAUAUUUCAAUUUGUUCACCUCAUGAACUUAAGCCAUAAAUUAAGACAAUUACAACUGAAAUGAACUAUAAAACUAGGAAAAAUAUAGGUCUAUCAUAUGAGGUCGGAUGUACUUUAUGGAAUUGCUCUCUCUAUACGGUUGUGUCUGUAUACAAAAUCACUUAUACAAACAAAUUAACACCUUGAACGUUUAUAUAAUGUACCUUUUAUAUGCUUUUUUACAAAUCCUGUAUGUAUAUUUCUGUAUUAGCUCUAUAUAAAAUGUAUUUCAAUAUAUACCAUAUAAUAUAUAUCAUGGAAAAAUUUGUAAUACUGUAGAAAUUUGUGCUAAAACAGAAUGUGUGCAGUGGAAUAAUAUAAAUAUUCAUAUAUGUCAAAUUAUUACAAUAUAGUAUUUUGUAGUUUUGUUAAUACUUGUAUAUUGAUUCAUAGUCAUGUAGCCAAAAAUAUUAUCAGAUUCAGAGUACCUCUGCUCUCAAUUUACACUAUCCAUUCCAUUGCUUGUAAAUAAUAUGCUGAUAAUUCUUGAAACUA